UUCGGUAGCAAAUCGUCCAUUUUUCCGCAUAUUCUCCUCCUCCUGCUUGCACUCCGCCGCCUUCCAAAAGCUUCUCGAAACUCGAAUCCACACCCCUAUCCCGCGAUCCCCAUGGCCUCCGGCGAGGGAGGCGGCGAUCCGCAGGCUGCGAUGGCUGGCGGUGAGGCGGAGGCCGAGAUGGAGACGGAGGAGCAGGAGGGGCCGGUUCUGUGCCUCGACCUGACGAGCUACCAGCUGCACGAUCUGAGCGAGGUGGAGAUCCCGCCCACGCUGGAGGAGCUUGACCUCACCGCCAACCGCCUCUCCUCCGUUGACCCCCGCAUCGGCCACCUCGCCGGCCUCCGCAAGCUCUCCUUUCGCCAGAACCUCAUCGACGACGACGCCGUCGCACCCCUCUCAUCCUGGGAGACAAUCGCUGGGUUACAGGAGUUGGUCCUUAGAGAUAACAAACUUAAAAGGAUUCCUGAUGCCAGCAUCUUCAAGGGUCUUCUGGUGUUCGAUGUAUCUUUCAAUGAGAUAUCUUCCUUGACUGGGCUGUCCAAGGUUUCCAGCACAUUGAAGGAACUUUAUGUUUCAAAAAAUGAAGCUGCAAAGAUGGAAGAACUUGAACACUUCCAUGCAUUAGAAAUGCUUGAACUUGGUAGCAACAGAUUAAGGGUGAUGGAAAAUCUUGAAAACUUAACAAAUCUACAAGAGCUAUGGCUAGGAAGAAAUCGAAUUCGAACUGUCAACUUGUGUGGUUUGAAACUAAUUAAAAAAAUAAGUUUGCAAAGCAACAGGCUGACUUCAAUGGAUGGGUUUCAGGGAUGUAUUGCAUUAGAGGAACUGUACCUCAGCCAUAAUGGAAUUCAAAAGAUGGAAGGCCUCUCUACCUUGCAGAACCUCCGUGUUUUGGAUGUUUCAUCGAACAAGCUAACCGCUAUAGAAAAUAGUGAAACCUUAACCAGGUUGGAGGACCUGUGGUUGAAUGACAACCAAAUACCAUCACUAGAUGGGAUAGAGGCUGCUUUGGCUGGUUCACGGGAGAAGCUAACGACCAUGUAUCUUGAGCGAAAUCCUUGUGCAAAAACUCCAGAUUACUCAUCCACAUUGAAGAAAAUAUUUCCAAAUCUUGAGCAAAUUGAUUCAGAUAUCAUAUCAUGAAACUGGCUAAUCGUGACACCAAUACUCAGGCAAAGUAGGCCUCGGUUUUACCGGAGAAGGCAUCAGCAGCCAUCGAGUUGUGAACAAAUAAUAUAGACGUUUUCUAAUGAGUGCACCUGUUUCCAGCCUAUGCAGCCCUAGGCUGUCAUUGCGGCCAGCUCUACUACAAGGUCAGAGAAGAAAGUUGUUCAGGGGUGAGCAGGAAUGGGCCCCUACUUUCUGAAUGGCGAUUGGUAACCAAAUAAACGAAAGUUGUUUGAACCGACAGAGCAGUAGGAUUAUCCCAGGAUCCAUAGCCAUGUUACUAUUUUCAAGAUGCUACAUUUGCAUUGUGUGUGGAGUUCGUUCACAGUUUUUAUGCUCCUGUUGAACCAUGUUACGAGAGCAGACAUUUGUGUGUUGCUCCGAUGGUCUUGGUAGGAGUAAUGUUGCUUUUGAUUCCUCUAAGAUGAACAACUUGUUAAGAACUUCA